UUUCAAUUUUCAGUAAUUCUCAGCGUAAAAAAAUAAAUACAAACCUAAAACAAUGGCUAUCACCAAACUUUCCAUAGCCAUUGUUUUGGUAAGUGUUUUUACACUGACCCAAAUUUGUAGGGCAAGAAUCCAAUCUGAUUGGACACUUAAAUACUUAACACCCCACAAUAUUGCCCGUGCCACCGUAAAUCAGCCCCCAUUGGUAUGGAACAAUACACUUGCAACUUUUGCAAGAUCAUAUGCUAAGAAAAGGGCUGUUGAUUGUAAAUUGCAACAUUCUAUGAACCCGUUUUAUGGUGAGAAUAUAGCAAUGAGUCCAGGACUUUUAACUGUACCUCAUGCAAUUGAAUUCUGGAUUAGUGAAAAGGCUUUUUAUGAUUAUGUAUCUAAUACUUGCAACGAUAUGUGUGGACAUUAUACACAAAUUAUUUGGCAUAGUACCACAAGUAUUGGGUGUGCAACAGAAAAAUGUCUAAAUGGGGGUACUUUUGUUACUUGUAAUUACUAUCCUCCUGGAAAUGUUAUUGGGGAAAAGCCUAUUUGAAUUUAGAAUUUUUCAAUUCAUUAUUUACAACUAUAUGUAUUAAUAAAUAGAGGAAACGAGAAGUGUUUUGUUGUAUAGUAUUAUUAACAACUAUUAAUCAAAAUUUGAAUUAAACUGUGAAUUGAUGAGUCAUUUUUU